UUUUUCUUAAAGAGCAUUAAUGGGAUAAGGCCGAUUGCCCACACAGAGGUAGGGGUAAAGUUGGGGUGUGAGUUUCCGGCGUCUAAAAGUAAAAAUGGCGUAUUCCGAUAACAAAUGGAAGAGCAGUGCACUUCUUGUGAUAGACAUGCAGAAAGAUUUCAUAUUACCAGGAAGUUUGCUGCUGGUAAACGGCGGCCUAGCUAUUGCUCCCAAUGUCAUAAAAGCUGUUGAAGUUGCUAGACAACGAGGGAUGCUUAUCAUCUGGGUUGUUCGAGAGCAUGACCCAUUUGGAAGAGAUGUUGAACUAUUUCGUCGUCAUUUAUACUCUGAUGGAGAAGUAGGGCCGGUUUCCAAAGGCAGUGUUGGUGCAGAGUUAGUUGAUGGGCUGGUGAUUAAGGAUGGGGAUUAUAAAUUGGUGAAGACGCGAUUUAGUGCAUUCUUUGCUACCCAUUUGGAUUCAUUUUUAAAGACAUCUAACAUUAAGAAUUUAGUUGUCACUGGUGUACAAACUCCAAAUUGCAUUAGACAGACCGUCUUUGAUGCUGUAGCAUUGGAUUAUGAAUCCGUUUCAGUCCUAGUUGAUGCCACUGCUGCAUCCACCCCAGAUAUACACAUUGCCAACAUUGUAGACAUGAAAAACAUUGGAGUUGCCAUCCCAACCUUGGAAGAAUGGUGCAGAUGGGAAGAUUGAUGUUAUUCAAUGCUGCGUUUGUGCAUAUACUUGGUUCUACCACCUUUUUUUAAAAAAUGGUCUGCAUUGAAAACUCAAACUUCGAACAUGAUAGUUGUUCUAAUGUUCAAUCAAAUUUGUCAGCUCUCUUACUACAUUGACUAGCAUCUAACUUUGA